AUGAACAGCGCUCCCCUUGACGGUGUCCGCCUCAGGGCAGAACUAUAUAAGAGCAUCCAGGCACAGAGCAGGUUAGAAAGCCUCUAUGGAACAGCAUACAGGCUUCCCGCAACACAGCAGGCUGGUAGAGCGAAUGGCACUACCCUAGGAGUUAGCACAGUCUAUACCCAGGCAUCUAGCAUCAAUGGGUAUGAACAGGAUCGAACGGCAAAUGAUCUACACGUCCAGCUCAUGGAGACAAAGUCACGCUCUCUUCAUGACCUUACCGAAAAGAGGAUGGUUGAGCUAAAGUUAGAUCAGGUGGUCCAAGAAAAUGAAAAACUUAAGCAGAAAGUAUUACAGCUGGAUGGAGAACUCCAGGCAGCCAUUCGUCAGUGCGAAGAGCUUUCUCAAUAUAAGGAUGCUAGGGCAAUCAUAGAGAAUAAUAGGCAUCAGAUAGAAGAGCUUGAACAUUGCCUAGCUGAUAAGGAAAAACAACUUGAGACGCUACAGCUUCAGCUUAUUGAUCAGCAGAAUGAGAACAGAGUGCUCAGCAUAGGGAAGCACAAGCAAAUCGAAGAGCUCAUCGCCAUUAAUGCCUCGCAGGCGCUGCAAUUGAAGCAGUUUGAGUUUGAAAAUGUUCCGGGACUGCACAAGCAAGUCGAGGCCCAAGAGCUCGAGCUUAAAAACAUGCAAGCACGCAUUUCUUCGCUAGAAUCAAGCGGUAAAACUCUUAAGGCAGAGUAUGAGGAGUUCCUUUUAUCAAUAGUGGAGGAAUUUAAUAGAUUACAUGCAUGGAUGUGUAACUAUAGAAGCAAAGCAGCCACCCUGGGAGGUGCCUCAGGAAAAACAGCUGCUACCUCUGCGUCCUUGGGAGCUUCCCUGCGAUGCGAUGAUCUAGGCUCUAGGGGUGCAGAUCUAGAGCAAGAUUUACUUAUUAGUCAGUUGUCUGAAGGCAUGAAGCAAAUGUAUUACAAACUGGGAUUGUCAGCAAACUCUGGGCCUCUCUCGUGGAGCGAAAAGCUAGUCCGCGAGGUAUGUCUCCGUCUAGCACGGGUGCUAGAUGAUGUGCAGCAGUUCUCACAGAUGAAUAAAGAGCUUUCUGUAGCAUACAGCGCCAAGGAUGACGAAGUGCUUGAAUUGACUCGUCGUCUUGAAGACUCUGAGCGACAGGUUGGCGUGCUCCAGUCCCACCUAGUAUCCAAGGACACUGAGAUUCAAGACUGCAGGCGUGCAUGUCGAGAAUGUGAAGAUAAGCUCUCACUUCAAGAAGCAGAGCUCUCUUCCUUGCGCUCUAUUUCUGACGAAUUUGAUGGCAUCAAGAUUGUCGCUCUGAAAUUGGUCGAUCAAUUGGCAAUGCCAGACACGUCGAACCUUAGCGCUUCCGCAGUGCUUAAAUCGUCACAAAAUAAGGGUCCAUUACUAUCUCAUUCUAAUGCUUUUAGUGCAACUUCAGGCCCAACCGACACGCGUAUCCGUUAUGCUUCCUCAAAAGGAAUCGAUGUUCGCUCCAUUUUGGUUGACACAUGCCUUGCGCUUCAGGAUGCUCAGGAAAGCAAGGUCUCUGCAGCCUUGGAGCUGCAAUCUCUAGAGGCACGUCUGAGAACUGUGUCCGACGAUCUGCUAUUUCAACAAAAUAAAUGCCAAGAGAUAGAACAGCGAGGCUAUGAUUCCGUCGAGACAGUGAGAAGCGACAUGACUAGACAGAUCAAGGAACUGGAACUGGAGAUCAAGCAGACGUCUGAGUCAUACGCUGCCCAGGUCGCGUCGCUUACUGAGGAUGUAGCACAUCGCCAACAGAAGCUAUCCAUAUUUGCAUUUGUCAUAUACUCUCUAUGCAAGGUAAUUGAGUUUGAUCGUUAUUCACUGCGUCGUAUACUACUUGACUACAAACUACUCCUUGGAAUGUAUAACCAUCAAGAAAAAGCUAUCGAAAAGCUGAGGCACCUUAAUGAUAAGAUUGAGAAAAGCAUUCACGGAAUAGUUAUUGCUGUGGACCCUGCAACGGGUGUGCAGGUUGAACGGGAAAACGAACAGUAUCUUUUCAUCUUAAAGAGCCGAAGAGACAUCAUUAAGAGGCGAAAGAAGCAAGCACUUAUCCAUAUGGUUGUAUUCUGUAGCUACCUUCUCUCGGCUGAUACUCUUGUUCAUGGCCCCCGUGGCUCUAGUCUCGUGCGACCGCGAACUACCAUGUCAGCUUCGUUGCAGCAAAGUCACGGGCCUCGUGAUGACUUCUUUGUGGGCCUGGAUAGGCUAUUCUCCAUCUUAAACCGCAACAAUACGGUACCCGUGGAAUUUUACGGUUUCUCAACCAGCUACUCCAGUAUCUCUGGUACAGAUGCCGUUCAGAUGGAUGGAACCAUCAAAGAGAGAGAUCUCGCUGGAGUACAACAAGCAGGAAGCCCUUCAAUCCUAGAGUUGAUGAGCCUUCCUAGCCCAUCGCCCGCAGGGGGUACAAUGAGUACGCCACUUUAUUUGCAGACAGAAAUGGCAGCUAUUAUGAAGGUGACUGGAUACCUGUCCUCAAUUUUCACCGACUCCUUUAUGUUUUCAAAUCUCUUUGACUUCUCCAACCGCUUAGGAAAAGCAACUGUCCAUAUAACAUCUAUUUCAAACCACUAUACCUCUGCAAAUGCGCACCUUAACGAUUCGCUAGCUCUGAAUCUAUGUGAUCUAAAGCUUCUCGUCAACAACCUUCACCUCUGUUUCAAUACCCAGACUGACCUGCUCCUAGAAGCACGCAUGAAUUAUACAGUAACAUACCAGCAGGCACUGGCUUCACAAGGAGCAAUCGUUGAGCUGGAGAAUCUAAGGGCUCAGCAAGCAUAUGAAAUUACAGAGCUGACGUCUCAAGUACAGACCCUAACCCUUGAAAAGAGCAGGCUACCCACAGAAGAGGAAUACGGAGCACUAAAAGCCGAGAAUGUGGAUUUAGCGUCUCGCUUGCGUGAUACCACCAAUAUGCUGAAUGCCGAGAGGUCACUCCAUAAUACCCUUCAGCAGGAGCAUGAGCAUGGGUUCAGCCAGAUGACCCUUGAACUCCAGACUCUUCGGGAAGAGAAAUCCAGGCUGUCUAUGGAGGUUGAGGAGCUCAAUCUUAAACUGCAACGCUCACAUAAGUCCCUGGAUACUCUUGAAACAAAGCCUGUCCAGUCCCUUUCUAAGGAGAGUGCGAAGGAUUUACUAAGUCGGUUAUCUGGAGACAAGAAGCUUCAAAGAAGUCAAUCAGCCACUGGUCCCGGAACUGUACGCUUCGCUGACUCACUUCCAUCUGAUAGCUCCACGCUUGAACAAGAUACAUUAUCGUCUAAUUCGGGCGCGUCCUUCCGCUCAACUCGCGAUAGCAUAUGCCUGGCUGACAUGGACAUCGUAAUCGCUCCAAAUAGCGAGCUACCGCCAAGCACUCAUGCUCCUCCGAGGCCUGCUCCACAGGCACCCCCUCACCCACCUCUAUAUCCCGCCCCCUCUACUUUACAGGCAGCUUCUGCAAACACAAAGGCUCCAGACGCCCCCGCUCUGUCUUCCACUACUACCGACUAUUCGCGAUUGAUUAAGAGGUACGAUAUCGGGGCCGACUCGGCUGGACCCACUGAGGCAGAAGAAAUAGAGUCUCUUAACCGUCAGUAUAUAAGGCCCGACCCCACGGUCCCGUCACUAGACAACUUCAGCACGUCUCAGGUGACAGAUUUGGUCAACCAACUAAACGUACACAAAAACACAGAUGAAAUGUUCCAGGACCCGACUUUGCGUGAUGCUAAUAUCACUCAGUAUAUCGAAAAUUUGACGAUCAAGCACUAG